AUUUGGGGUUUUUUGGGCUCUCCCAGGUGUGUCCCGCUGUGGGUGGGGGCGCGGGGGGUGGAGUUCGACUGGAGGCACCUCCAGAUGGGGCUGGACUCCAACAUCAGCCUGGUGCGCCACGUGGCCGCGGCCGCGCUGCUCUGGGCCUCGGGGCGCCACGACCUCCCCUCCCCCCUGCGGCUGCCCCUGGGGGGGCUCCUGGCGGCCGCGGCCUACGAGGGGUUCCUGACCGGGUGGGCGGGGCAGGCGCUGGGGCUCGGCCCCUGGGGGGCGCUGGGGCUGCGGGCGCUGGGGGCGGCCGCGCUGGGGCUGGGGGCGCUGCGGCUGCUGGUGCCACUGCUGCCCCCGCCCUGA